CUCUGUAUAUAUCUUUUCUGUUCUCCCUUGUGGGCUCUGAAUUUGAGAACCUAACCUUCUGUGUUGUGUCCUUUGCCAUCCGUGAGCCAUUAAACCUUUUGAAGAGGGAGCGUAGCAGAUGGUACUAAGUACCAAAGCGAGUCAUAAGUGAGAUUUGGACCAAAAGUGGGAAACCUCAGUUCAGAGCUUUACAGUUGUCCUGCAGCCAUUGUCAUGUGCCCCAGUUGGGAGGCUGAUGAACAGCUGAGAUCUGUAUCUGUGGACCUGAAUGUUGAUCCCUCGCUUCAGAUUGACAUACCUGAUGCACUCAGUGAGAGAGAUAAGGUCAAGUUUACAGUACACACCAAGACCACGCUGCCCACGUUUCAGAGCCCAGAGUUUUCUGUUACAAGGCAACAUGAAGACUUUGUAUGGCUACAUGACACUCUCACUGAAACUGCAGACUACGCUGGGCUUAUUAUUCCGCCUGCUCCUACGAAGCCUGACUUUGAUGGCCCUCGAGAGAAGAUGCAGAAACUGGGAGAGGGUGAAGGGUCUAUGACCAAAGAAGAAUUUGCCAAGAUGAAGCAAGAGCUGGAAGCUGAAUAUCUUGCUGUCUUUAAGAAGACUGUAUCCUCCCAUGAAGUCUUUCUUCAGCGGCUAUCUUCUCACCCUAUUCUCAAUAAGGAUCGCAACUUUCAUGUUUUCCUGGAAUAUGAUCAGGAUCUAAGUGUUAGGCGAAAGAAUACCAAAGAGAUGUUUGGUGGCUUUUUCAAAAGUGUGGUGAAAAGUGCUGAUGAAGUCCUUUUUUCUGGAGUUAAGGAGGUAGAUGACUUCUUUGAGCAAGAGAAGAAUUUCCUCAUUAACUAUUAUAAUAGGAUCAAGGAUUCAUGUGCAAAAGCUGACAAAAUGACCAGAUCGCAUAAAAAUGUUUCAGAUGACUAUAUCCACACUGCAGCCUGCCUACAUAGCCUGGCUUUAGAAGAGCCCACAGUCAUCAAAAAGUACCUACUGAAGGUUGCUGAGCUAUUUGAAAAACUUAGGAAAGUAGAGAGUCGAGUCUCCUCAGACGAAGAUUUAAAGCUGACAGAGCUUCUUCGAUACUACAUGCUCAAUAUAGAGGCUGCUAAGGAUCUCUUAUACAGACGCACCAAAGCCCUCAUUGACUAUGAAAACUCAAAUAAAGCGUUGGAUAAGGCCCGCUUAAAAAGCAAAGACGUCAAGUUGGCUGAGGCACACCAGCAGGAAUGCUGCCAGAAAUUUGAACAGCUUUCUGAGUCUGCAAAAGAAGAACUAAGCAAUUUCAAACGAAAGAGAGUGGCAGCAUUUAGAAAAAAUCUAAUUGAAAUGUCUGAACUGGAAAUAAAGCAUGCUAGGAACAAUGUCUCCCUCUUGCAGAGCUGCAUUGACUUGUUCAAGAACAACUGAUCUGCCUUUUCUCUGAAUGAAGGACACGAAUGUGAAAGAAAGCCAGCAUCACUUGCACUUAAAUCAUUACCACAGAAGAUUUAUUACCUUUGACUUUAGUUUAAAAUUAUGUUAAUAAAUAUUUUGAUUUCUAAAAAUCUUAA